AUGCUAAAGUCUAAUAAAUCUGUCGGUCACGACGGUAUAUAUAGUAAUGUGAUCAUUGACUCGUAUGAGCAUUUGAAAGAUGUACUAUUUAAAGUUUUACACUGUUCAAUAAAACAGGGAAUACUUCCAGACCAUCUUAAAAUACCCAAAGUCACACCAAUUUUUAAAGAAGGUGAUACUACAAUUCUUACAAAUUAUCGCGCAAUUUCUGUUUUACCUGUUUUUUCUAAAGUACUUAUCUUAAAUGUUUACAAUUAUUAUUCACUACUUCGAGACUUGAUUAUUAGAAAUGGGGAAACAUUAAAAAUCAUAGAUUUUUAUGAUGUAAAAAUACUUCCAUGCUUAAACACAAAUAAUAAAAUGUUUUUGGUGUACAGUCUAUUGGUUGUUAUUUUUUCAUACUUUUUAAUUAAAAUAUCUUGGAAACUUUGGAUUUAUUCUUAUGGUCUCUCGACUGUUCCAACACCUCCAACCAUACCAUUUUUUGGCAAUUGUCUUCAGCUUGAAAGUGAUUCUGUAAAGUUUAACAAACAAAUACGCGAGUGGAGCAAAAUAUACGGAAAUGUUUUCUGCGUUUGGAUAGGCCUUAGGCCAAUGAUAUACUCAUCUUCUGUAAAUUUCUCGGAAGCAAUCUUAAGCAGUCAAAAAGUCCUCAAAAAAGCAUCUGUUUAUGAAUUUUUGUAUGAAUGGCUUCAAACGGGGUUACUGACAAGCACAGGAAAUAAGUGGAAACUGCGUCGUCGACUUCUUACACCAAGCUUUCAUUUUUCUAUACUCAAUAAUUUUUUAAAAAUUUUUGAAGAGCAAGGAGCUUGUUUAGUUGAUAAAUUACGUAUUUAUGCCAAAAGUGGUGGAAAUUUCGAUAUCCAGGUACCUAUUGGAUUAGCAACUUUAGAUAUAAUAUGCGAGACAUCAAUGGGAGUAAAAGUAAAUGCACAGAGUCACCCAGACUCAGAGUAUGCUAAAGCCAUCGGUAUAUUAAGUGAAGAAAUACCAAAAAGAAUUAAGUACCCAUGGUUAUGGCCAGAUAUUAUUUAUAAACAUCUUGCUUGUGGAAAAAGAUAUUAUAAAGCUCUAGAUGUUGCUCAUAAAUUAUCUCUUGAUGUAAUAAAAGAAAGAGUUAAAACACUUAUUCAAAAUAAAAGCGAGGUUACAUCAAAUAAAAACAAAAAAGAAUCAGGCUCUGAAAAAAAAAAAUUUUUUUUAGACUUAUUGUUAGAUAUGCAUAAAAAAGGUGAAAUUGAUACUGAAGGGAUUCAAGAAGAGGUUGAUACUUUUAUGUUUGAAGGUCAUGAUAGCACUUCAUCAGCAUUAAGCUGGAUGCUGUGGUUGCUAGGAAGAUAUCCACAAGUUCAACAGAAACUGCAUUCAGAAAUUGAUGAAGUUGAAUUAACUGGAGGUUCACUUUAUGAAAAAGUAAGAAACUUUAAAUAUCUUGAAAACGUUGUAAAAGAAAGUAUGCGAAUUCACCCACCUGUUCCUUUAAUUGGCAGGCAUAUUGAAGAAGACAUGGUAAUUGAUGGUCAGUUUGUUCCUAAAAGUUCUGAAAUUGUUUUACUUGUAAUGAUGAUGCAAUCAAGUCCUGAAUACUGGAAAGAUCCAUAUGAUUUCAUACCUGAAAGGUUUGAACAAGAAGAUUUUGUUAAGCGCAAUCCAUAUAUCUAUAUUCCAUUUUCAGCAGGUCCAAGAAACUGUAUUGGUCAGAAGUUCGCAAUGAUUGAAGAGAAAAUGCUGUUAUAUAUCAUAAUGAAAAACUUUUACGUCCAAUCCAUCCAGAAUGAAAAUGAAAUACUUCUUGCUCUAAAUAUUAUACAUAAAUCGAGUAAUGGUAUCAUAAUGAAAUUCACUGAAAGAUGAUAAAAAACAAGACGAUAAAAAUUAUCGUCUAAAUGCUUUCAUUUAUCUCAGUCUAUUUUUAUUUUUGAU